AUGUUACCAAUUCUACCAUGGACAACCAGCAGCGUCUUAAUUCUACUUCUACUGCUGGUAACAGUCAUUUAUCUGGUAUUCUCUAUAAAACUUCGAAAAGCUGCACCACGUUUUCCAGUGCUUAUCUCAAUCUUACGUGGUAAAUAUGAUUUUAUUAAUAGAGGUCCACUGGAUCUUAUUCAAGACGGGUAUCGAACAGUAGGAGAUAUCUUUCGCAUUCAAUUAUUUUAUCGGUCCAUCGUGUUUCUCAUUGGUCCGCAAGCACAUCGGGCUUUUUUCGAAGCAAAAGACCAUCAGCUAUCUCAACGCGAAGUAUACACAUUUACAAUUCCAGUGUUUGGCAAAAAUAUCGUCUAUGAUGCAUCGCCAAAAAUAAUGCAACAGCAGUUAAAAUUCGUUAAUAAAGGUUUAAAUCAAAUGAAUAUGAAAGCUCAUGUCGGAAAAAUUGUUAUGGAAGCCGAAGAAUGGUUUGACAAAUGGCCUGAUUCGGGAGAAGUUGAUUUAAUGAAAGAGUUUUCUGAAUUAAUCAUUUUGACAGCAUCACGUUGUUUGCUGGGCAAAGAAAUUCGUGAGAAUAUUCAAACAGAAUUUGCACAUUUCUAUCAACAAUUAUCCGACGGAAUGAGCCAUUUAUCAUUCUUCUUUCCAAAUGCGCCAACGCGAGCACAUAAGAAACGUGAUCUCGCUCGACAAGAGAUUGCCAAGAUCUUCUCUAAAAUCAUCAAACAACGCCGAACGGAAGAAGAUGUCGAACACGACGAUUUCUUACAAGUGCUUAUCGAUGCGAGAUAUCUCGAUGAUUCCCUUCCUACUGAUGAUGAAAUCACUGGCUUAUUAUUAGCUGCAUUAUUCGCUGGACAGCACACAUCGAAUAUCACAAGUACUUGGAUGGGAUUGUUAAUGAUACAACAUCAAUCGAAAUGGAUGUCGAAAUUAUUAGAUGAACAAAAACAAGUAAUGGUAAAAUAUCAAGAUGAACUAUCAGUAGACUCUCUUGGAGAAAUGAAUUUAUUACAUGCAGUGAUGAAAGAAACAUUGAGAUUAUAUCCACCAUUGAUAUUGUUAAUGAGAAAAGUCAUAGAACCAAUUGCAUACAAUGGAUAUGUCUUGUCCAAAGGCGAUAUUGCUGUCGUUGCACCACCUGUAGCACAUCAAAUAUCGAAUGUGUUCAAAGAUCCGAAAGAAUUCAAUCCUGAACGGUUCUUAGGCGAAUAUGCUGAAGAUCAAGUCGAAAAAUUUAGUUUCAUUGCGUUUGGUGGUGGCCGACAUAGUUGUUUAGGAGAAAGAUUUGCUUAUUUACAAGUGAAAACGAUUUGGUCGAUAUUAUUACGGAAAUUUGAUUUUGAACUUUGCCAAGAACAUCCAUUACCUGAUUAUUCCGUUCUCGUUGUUGGACCUAGACCACCAUGUAUGGUUCGAUUCAAACGUAAAAUAAAUUCUUUCUAA